AUGAGAUUAAUACGAAAAGACAAACCUUUCAGCCAGAGGAUUACAAGAUGGGAUCGAAUUCGUAAACGAAAUGACUGUAAAAAUUCUUGUUCAAUUAAUUCAGGCAUUGUACAAUAUUUCUUUUGGAAGGAGUACAUCAGCCCAUAUGAUAAUUCAGUGCUAUGUGGCAAAAACGAACCAAACAAAGCACUAAAUCCUUUGGUAGUUAUGGAUAUACGUCAUGAAAUGUUUCAAAAGACACCACGAAAAUCGGCGCUGGUUACAGUGGGCGGCCAGCGUACGUUAGACGCGUGUAUAUCACAUAAUCUGGUUGUAGAGGAUCGUUACAUCAACAACGAACUAAAAAAAAUCCGCCAGCAGUUACGAAACAAUACUAAACGAAAUACAGAUAAAAAGGAAUUUACAGAAGAGCACAAACAAGAUGUAAGUAUUUUGGACAACAGUUUUCUAAUACAAGGCUUAGAAAGAGCAACUAAGCAUAUGGAGAACUUUUACACAACACCUCUGGAUGUAUUGCAAGCAAUUGAAGUGUUAUCUGCCACCGAAACAAAUAAGAACGACACACAAGAGCAUAAAUUAACUCCAAAGAAUGGCUUUGGAAUAAUUGAGGCAAUCUUUACGGAUGAAGUGGACAAAAAGAAAUAUACAAUGAGCGCAGAAACCGUUUUAAGCAAACAUAUUAACCCUCAAGCAAAGGAAUAUGAGUACAAAAUUGUGUCUGAUAGCAAUUUAAAAAUAGAAAAUCCGCUUAUUUACAAAUUCUCGAAUGAAUACAAAAAUCCCAUUGCUCCUAAUACUGCAACUGAUAGUUAUUUAUAUCAAACGCGAUGUGUACGUUUUGAUGAAUCGGUAGAAGUAAGAAACUUUAAUCGAGAUAGCUCUAAACUUUCGAAUACCAGUUGUAGAAUUGAUUUGGCUGUAUCGGAUAUAACUGAGGAGGCACUUUUUGAACUGCAAAUUGCAGCUGAAGAAAAAUUGACUCAAAAAACACGGUUCGAAUCAGUAGCAAAUAAACCGCCACCAACUGAUUUCAAUAAAUCUUUAAAAUGCUCUCAAAAGUCUCUAAAAGUUAAAAAUGCAUCAGAGCUCCUGAUUAUUAAAAAAAUAAAUAAUGCGAAUCAAGUAGAUUAUGAUCAUAUUACUCCUGAAGAGGUAGAAGAAGAAAGCAUUUCCAGCUUUGAAGAAAACUUAAGUAUUACACAACUCUUCCAGCCAAGAGCCAACACCACUCCCACAUUGCUACGAAAAUAUUUUUUUAAUUGGAUUCAUUUCGUCACCAUUGAGAAAAUUGAUCGCGAAAAUGUGUCUAUCAAGGAUAAUCGCAUACAUAAAAUUAGUUUGUUUUUGGACAAAAUACGGAAGGAAAAAUUGCGCUUGAUGCGUAGUUACCGUCAAUUUACUGCUGCACUGGGCCGUAGGGCAGCUCAACCCAAACCAGGGGUUUCAACACGAGUAACAAAAAAAUAUCUAAACAAGUAA